AUGGCGUGGGGCAAGGCCAAAGGCGGAGGCAAAGGCGUGUCGUGCACCGAUGUCUGGCCUCCUCUGGUGCCUGGUCCUUUGUUCGGCAAGGGCGGCGGCGGUGUGCAGGAUCAGGACGACAACCAGCAGCCAGGCAAGAAGUGGAAGUGCCAGGCUUGCGGGUGCGCCAAGAAUGCAGCUCGUUUCUAUUAUUGCAAGCACUGUGGAGCCUACAAGCAAGUCCCCUCUUCGGCAUGGUCUGGAGAUGCAGCACGUCAGUUGUUCGGCUACGGGCAGCUCAACGGUGGCGCUGCGUGGGGCAAGGGACCUGGCGGUGGUGACGCAGGACUGCGACAGAAAGGUGCUGGAGGCGGCUUCCCCCAGGGAGGUGGUCAGCAACCCGCCCCUGCUGGCGCUGCUGCAGCAAAGUUCACAGCCGCUGAGUACGAGACCAUGGCAGGCUUCGCUGAGCGUAUGGGAGAUUCUGCAGGUGCGGCUGCCCAUCGUCGUGCUGCCAAGGCCCUCACCGCGCCGAAGCCAGCAGAAGAAGCUAUUCAGGUUCGUCUCAAUCGGGCUCACUGGAAAGUGCAUGGUAUCAACAAGCGUUUGGAGUCGGCUGUUGAGAAGUACGAACAGUACGAAGCUCAGCUCAACAAUCAGAAGACGGUGGUGCUGGAGCUGCGUGCGGAGCUCACCAAUGCCGAAGGUGAACACGCGACACUCUUGCAGGACUUGGUUGAGUCUCAAGAGGCAGCUAAGCAUCCACCCACGUCGACGGUCAAGCUUGCAUUGGAGGACAUCAUGGAUAAGGAGCGUCUCGCGAAGGUCUUUGACAUCAGCGUAUCGGACUUGUUCAAGUGUGACGGUGUGGAGCUUGACGAAUCGGACAACAUCGAGAUCGAGUCACGCGUGCAGCAGCUCAAGGCAGGGCUCGCGGCGAUGGCCAGCACCCUCUUCGCCGAGGCCAAGCAGAAGGUCGACGGCCUCAAGUCCGCCCACGCGCUGCACAUCAAGAGGCUGGCGGCCAAGCGGCCUCGAGUAAAGCAGGAGGCGGCCUUCGAGGAACCUCCUGAUGCUGGUGAUCCUGCCGAAGGAGAUGAAGGUGCAGCCCAGCCGCCGUCUGCCGAGGCGGAGCCAGGCACGGCACCUGCGCCAGGCACUCCGCAGACAGCCACGGUCGACCUGUCCGCGGGCAAGAGCGGUCCUCUCUGCAAGGAGCUGUUCCAGGCGGAGGCGGCGCAGGCGCGCCAGGCGCAGCGGGCGCUGCGGCAGCAGCUCCGACCACGCCUGCUACGACAAGCACUGCUCGUGAGCGCGCUGACCGCAUUGCCGCGGCCACUCACGCAGCCAAUGAUUAGCUACCCCCUGGAGGCCAGCCCUGAUACUC